CAAAGUGCUGGAAUUACAGGCGUGAGCCACCACGCCAGGCCUUCAAUUAUAUUUCUGCAAGAUAUGUUCCCUGUCUAAAAGAAUUCAAUUUUAAAGUUUUUGAAACUUGCGUGUUUGCUAAACAAAUAAAUACAUUGGGGCUGAUUUUAUGAUGUGAGGCCAAAACCACAAACUGAUUACAGGGUCCAACAAAUAUUUGGCGAGUGGGAGGAGAAGGGCAAGUGAGCUGGGCUUGUGGCGUCCUGGCUGUGAGCAGGCACAGCCACAGGCUUCAGGGAGCCCCAUCGCGGUGACCCUGGAGAGUGGCUUGAAUUGGACGUGACCUUGAAGCAAGGUGGUUUUGGGGUCGCGGGCUGCACAAGGUGGGAAGUGGUUUAGGGUCACGGGCUACACGAGGCUCCAGCACGUCAGGAGUGGGCGUCUGUUCAUUCCCACGUGCAUUGCGGCUCUUUCCUAGUUGAUGCAUGCGCACCCCGUGGGUGUAUGCGUUGUUCAUUCCCUCUGGCCUGCUCCCAUCACCGCCUCUCCACACCCUCUGUCUCCUUCCUUCUCGGGCCUCACUCCUGGCCCUGGCUUUCAGCCCGGGCCGCAGCACUCCAGUUCCGCCCCGACACGGGGACCCUGGGCGGAGGCCCCCAUUUCUGUCUUUUCUAUUGGGCGCACUUCCGAUGGCGUCAGGAAUUUCAGCCAAUGGGAGUCAGCCAGGAAGUACCUCGCUAAGCGGGCGGUGCCGGGUAUAAAAGAAGGCCGCGCAGCCACGACUGCUCACGACGCCGCGGAUCCUGCAGCCUGUGUACCUCUGAGACCUCAGCCAGAAAGUGACCCCCAACCCCUUUCAGGACCCUGUGAACUGGAACAGCCAUCCAGAGGGCUCAGGAAGGUGUCUGCGCCCUCACCUCUUCUCCCCAUGAGCUCCCCCAGAGCUGUGGUGCAGCUGGGCAAAGCUCAGCCUGCAGGCGAAGCGUCGGCUACAGCAAGCCAAACAGCCCAGCAGCCCAGCAGCCCAGCCAUGCGGCGCCUCACAAUCGAUGACUUUGAAAUCGGGCGUCCCCUGGGCAAGGGGAAAUUUGGGAAUGUGUACCUGGCUCGGCUUAAGGAAAGCCAUUUCAUUGUGGCCCUGAAGGUUCUCUUUAAGUCGCAGAUAGAGAAGGAAGGACUGGAGCACCAGCUGCGCCGGGAAAUUGAGAUCCAGGCGCAUCUACAACACCCCAAUAUCCUGCGCCUGUAUAACUAUUUCCAUGAUGCACGCCGGGUAUACCUGAUUCUGGAAUAUGCUCCAAGGGGUGAGCUCUACAAGGAGCUGCAAAAAAGCGAGAAAUUAGAUGAACAGCGCACAGCCACGAUAAUAGAGGAGUUGGCAGAUGCCCUGACCUACUGCCAUGACAAGAAAGUGAUUCACAGAGAUAUUAAGCCAGAGAACCUGCUGCUGGGGUUCAGGGGUGAGGUGAAGAUUGCAGAUUUUGGCUGGUCUGUGCACACCCCCUCCCUGAGGAGGAAGACAAUGUGUGGGACACUGGACUACUUGCCCCCAGAAAUGAUUGAGGGGAGAACAUAUGAUGAAAAGGUGGAUUUGUGGUGCAUUGGAGUGCUCUGCUAUGAGCUGCUGGUGGGAUAUCCACCCUUUGAGAGCACUUCCCACAGUGAGACUUACAGACGCAUCCUCAAGGUAGAUGUGAGGUUUCCGCUAUCAAUGCCUCUGGGGGCCCGGGACUUGAUUUCCAAGCUUCUCAGAUACCAGCCCUUGGAGCGACUACCCCUGGCCCAGAUCCUGAAGCACCCCUGGGUUCAGGCCCACUCCCGAAGGGUGCUGCCUCCCUGUGCUCAGAUGGCUUCCUGAGCCCUGUCUGCCUCUGUUACUUUGUGUGUGUUCAGGAAGCUCUCCUGGCUCUGCCACCUCAUUUGUCUUUAUUUUUUUCUCUUUUAAGAUGUAAGAUGCUAAUUAAUAAAAGCUGAAUCAUUUCAUACCA